CGGCCAGGCCAGAGCGAGGAGUGAAGUGAGGAAGUGCGAAAAGGGCUUAACAGGUGCAAGUGCAAUGCGCAUGACCCUCUCCUUGUGCAUGGUGGAGUGUGUUCCAAUGUGCCCCUUGUGCUCUUGGUGCUUUUCCAUCCCAAUGUGGGGCGGAGAGAAGGAGGGGAAAGGGAGAGGAUUUGGGCCCCAGUGGAGUAUAAAGGAGAGGCCCACACACCCUUUUCCUGAAUGAAAUAGCUGAGCCAGAGAGAGGAAAGAGUAAAAUCUUCAGUCUCUUCCAGCUCUUCCAGGCUUCUGCUGCUUCUUUUUCUUUUCUUGCAUUCCUGCAUUAGAACAAAAAAAAGCAAAGGAAGAUGAAGUUCAUAAUAGGAAUAGGAGGUGUGACCAAUGGUGGCAAAACCACUUUGACCAAUAGACUUAUCAAAGCCCUUCCAAACUGUUGCGUUGUCCAUCAAGACGAUUUCUUCAAGCCACAAGAUCAAAUACAAGUCGGGGAAGACGGCUUUAAGCAAUGGGAUGUGCUGGAUUCCUUGGAUAUGGAAGCGAUGGUGAACACCGUGCGUGCGUGGAUUGAGAAUCCAGUGAAAUUUGCCCGAUCCCACGGAGUAAACGUUUCACAUGGCUCAAAGUUGCCCAGUUCUGACGAUGAUGUCCACAUCCUGGUUGUUGAAGGCUUCCUGCUUUACAACUACAGGCCACUAGUGGACUUGUUGGACAAGCGGUACUACUUAGUCGUUCCGUACAAUGAAUGCAAACAAAGGAGGAGUACCCGUAAAUAUACAGUACCUGACCCUCCUGGUCUGUUUGAUGGCCACGUCUGGCCCAUGUAUCUUAAACACAGGAAAGAAAUGGAGGCCAGUGAAGUUGAUGUUGUUUAUUUGGAUGGCCUGAAGUCCAGAGAUGACCUUUAUAAGCAAGUCUUUGAAGAUAUACAGAACAAGCUUUUAAAUAAUUCAUAGGAUCUGUGGACAACGGAAAGAUCCGUGUACAAAUCUGAUGUAAAUAUUACUUUGAAUAUUAACAGAAACAUGUAAGGUUGAGUAUCUGAAAAGCCCAUCUCUCACUGUCCUUUGGAAAAUUACUUUGUGUAUAUAAUAGAAUGUUAACCUAUAUUUAUUUGCAACGCACCUAUGGACAGGUUUUUUUUUAAUUUCCCUCUUUUAUAUUCCAAUGGUUUAAUUGUGUAUGUUGUAAAGAUGCAUUUUUAUAACGCAACACCAAAUCCAAGUUUGUAAAAUAGAAGUGUUGACGUCUGUAUCUUUAUGUCCAUGUUUGUAAGCCUUUGUAUGGUAUCACAUUGUACACACAGUAAAAAAACAAAACGAAAACCCAUCCCAAAA